GAUCUCUGAUUCCCAUCUCACGUUGCGCUCUUUCUUCGUGCAUCUUUUUCUGAUGGGGGGCUUUCUUAAAUUAGUUCUGUUUUUUCUACUCACAGAAGCUGUUUGUUGAUAUAUGGAGGCAAAGUUUGCACCAUAAUUCUUGCAGUUUUACUCAUCAAAAGAAAAGAAGAAAAGCGCAUGUUUCAUUUGCAUCUGGUGCUUGAAAUUGCUUAAUUGAAUCUGAUAUUGUCCCUUCUGGUCAUAUUUGUUUUAUGAAUUAUCGUUUCUCUGAUUCAUGAAACAUGAAGUUUGUUGCACUUGUGAGGUCCAUUUGUGCCCGUUCUACUCUCCAUGAGAUAACUGGGUCUUUGCAGGUUCGCUUUUUCCAGCAUGAUUUUGUUCCCAGAGAUCCCAGGGCCAAGCCCAAAAAAUACAAAUAUCCAGCAUUUUAUGAUCCUUAUGGUCCUAGACCUCCACCCUCUGACAAAAUCAUUCAACUUGCUGAGCGCAUUGCUGCUCUACCUCCUGAGGAGAGACGUCAAAUUGGCCCCACUCUCCAAUACAAGUUAAAGCAUCCAAAACUGCAGACAAUUUCAACAGAAGGCAUGGACUUGGGUCUCCAAGGAGCCCCAGCUGCUGGAGCUACAAAGGUUGAGGAGAAGAAAGAGAAAACAACAUUUGAUGUGAAGUUGGAGAAGUUUGAUGCAGCAGCAAAAAUCAAGGUAAUUAAAGAGGUGAGAGGUUUUACUAAUUUGGGGUUGAAGGAGGCCAAAGACCUGGUGGAGAAGGUACCUGUUUUGCUUAAACAAGGGGUCACAAAAGAGGAAGCAAAUGGCAUAAUAGAGAAGAUAAAAGCUGCUGGAGGAGUUGCAGUUAUGGAGUGAUAGCUUAAGCUUUGCUGUACAAUUGGUUCUUUGUUUUGUUUUAGAGGGCUGAGCUAUUGCAUUUAAGAAUGAAUCUCAACCCUCGGGCAUUGACAUCUGUUUGCGCAGAUAGAUAGCAAUUGUUAUCAGAGAUAUGAUUCAAUAAUUAGUUCAUACUAAUUUCACUACUUUCGUGGAAAAA